GGUAUAACCCUCGAAAGAGCAGUAAUUGACAUUACCUCUAAAGAAUUCACGCCUAGGUUGCGAUAUAUAGCAGUAUCUAGGGUAAGGACUCUUAACAAUCUUAUAUUUAAGAAACUAUUUGACUUCUUACUCUUUACUAAUCGACUUAGCGUUACUACUAUUGCUCGCGAAGCCGAUAUCGAACGCCGUAAUCUAGAGCGCCUUCUUCCUAAGAGCGGUUAUAACACUUCAGAUACCUAUACCCGAUCGCGAUAG